GUUUUGUUUAUGCUCUGCUGGCGGGCACUUCUCUUCAUUUGUUGUCUCUAGUAUUUUACUAAUUAAGUUAAUAUAAUAUAAAAAUAGAAAAGUUUUCCGCAACACCUUGCGUGUAUAUUUUUUCCGACACGUGUAUGUCGGAUUUAUUUGAGAGACAAUAGUGUCAUUUAACACGGACAAAUAGCCAACGAAAAUGACAUCGAAGUCGGAAGGUGAAGAGCACAAGCACAAUGAACAACAUGAACAGGAGCCCAUGGAAGUGCGCAUCGACAUGCCGUGGGGCUACGUGGUGGGCAGGUGGUACGGCAACCGACAGGUGCGACCCAUCCUGGCGCUGCACGGCUGGCUGGACAACCUGGGCACGUGGGACAAAUUGCUGCCGCUGCUGCCGAAGCACCUGGGAGUGCUGUGCAUCGAUUUGCCCGGCCACGGGUACUCCUCGAAGCUGCCGGAGGGGAUCGCCUACCAUUUCGUGGACUACCUGUGCGUGAUCCUGCGCGUAAUGGAGGAGUACGGCUGGCAGAAGGUGUCCUUGAUGGCCCACUCGAUGAGCGCCAUGUUGUGCUUCAUAUUCGCCUCGCUAUAUCCGCAUCGCACCGACCUGCUGGUCAGCAUAGAUAUAGUGAAAACACGGUAUAGGAAACCCGCUUCGCACAUCGACUACCUGCGAAAUAAUAUCGAAGGUUAUAUGGUGGAGGAUGAGCGUUUUGCGAAUGCCAAGCGGCAGGAACCACCGGCUUAUACCUACUCGGAGUUAGAACAGGUCCUGCACAAGGGUUCCGAAUAUUCGGUGGAGCUGAAGAACUGCCAUCACAUUCUGGAGCGCAACAUCAGCCGAUCCACCAAGUUUCCAGCAAAGUAUUUCUUCUCACGCGAUGGACGCUGCAAAUAUUACACAGAAUUUCAUACCAGUCCUCCAUUUGCCGCCGAAUUGGCCAGAACCAUCAAAAAUGUUCCCUACUGCGUAAUCAAGGGCUCCGAGUCGAACUUUAUAGACGAGCAAAGUGACGAGGUCAUCGGCAUUCUCAGGGAGAACAAUCCGCACUUUGAACUCCACGAAGUGCAGGGCACCCAUCAUGUUCACUUAAACAAUGCCGAUGGAGUGGCCGCCAUCAUCAAUCCAUUUAUUAUGCACCAUCGACCGCCGCUCCUGGAAACUUGGACGGUGGACGAGGCGGAUGAAUCCCUGCCCGAAGUGGUCAAAGAUUUUAAGUUAGCCGUGGAGGACUCAGAAAAUGUCAAGCGAAGGAAGAGAAAAAGUAACCUUUAGCUGUUGCCAGCAUCUCUAAGGUUCAGUCAGCAGCGCAAUGAGAAAGUUUUAAAUGCGAUAGAUGAAUGUUGAUUUUAUUAUGCCCAUGUGAUGCUUCAUUAAGGCCUUAAUGUUAUAGACAAAUUUUAUAGAAAAUGUCAAAAAAAUUCUUAUGGGUUCUGUUAAGAAGUAAACA